AAUCAAUUGAGGAAAAGCAAAAAAAAAGCAGAUGGUGAGAUAGGAUGCAGUUCACUCAGCAAAAAACAGAAUGAGGGGAUAACUGGACGGGCCGUCAUAGUAACUGGCAGCUGUAGUCAGAGCAUCUUCAGUUUGCAGGAGAGAAAGGGAGGUAAAGUGAGAGAGAAAAGGGGGAGAGGGAGCGGAACGCCAGGCUGCCCAUCCUCAUUUCUGCAUCUGUGUGAGGCUGUGAACGGCAGAGAGGAGGAGCGCACAUUUCACCCGUGGAGGCAGCAGGGACUCAUUCCACUUGGCCGCCAGAUCAAUGGUCUUAUGUGGACAGGACAGCUGAGCAGCCUUUACACAAAGUCUUUGCAGUGCCAAUAACAAAUUUAAGAAAAUAAGAAAAAAAAAACAAAAGAAAAGCAGUGCAUCAUCAAGCUCCGAGCAGCAGACAGCCAGAGACUAACAUCUAAAGGUCAAACUGUGGCUUUUACGCCCAAGGUGUUUGCGGAGAACAAAAGUGAGGAGUGAUUCCAGAAUGCCACAAUCAAAGCAGUCUUUUUGGGCCCCAGAGCCCACAACAAUCCUGGCAGUGGCUCUGCUUUUUGCACUACAGGGUGCUACACAUUCUGCUCCAUCAGGAGACAACAAGCUGGUUCGAACCACCAGAGUGAGAAGGCAGAUCCCAGAGGGGGAUCCGUUCCCCUCUGCUUCCUCAGUCAACCAGACUUUGAGAGAGCAGCCUCUUGUCUUUAACCAUGUGUACAACAUUAACGUGCCAAUGGAGUCUCUGUGUUCUGUUGACCUGGAUGCAUCUAUGGCUCCAGUCCAAGAUUAUCGUGCUGAGUUGGGAUCCAGACCCCCAGUUGAGGUGGAGCCUUCUGGACCUACAGAAUACACCGAACAGACACUUGAUGCUGAGAGUCAGGUGACAUUUACUCAUAGAAUCAACAUACCAAAAGCAGCAUGCAGUUGUCCAGCACAAACCACAAUCCAGCAGCUUGCCACCAGACUGGAGAUGUUGGAGAGAGAGGUGUCCAUCCUCAGAGCUCAGUGUGGAUCAGGGUGCUGUGGGGAAGGCUCUGCCAUGGGUCGAUUGGACUUUGUCCCAGGAUGUAGCAACCAUGGAAGCUUCAGCUUUGAACUGUGUGGCUGCGUCUGUGAGGAAGGUUGGGGCGGCAAAAACUGCUCCGAGCCUCGCUGCCCGAAUGACUGCUCUGGCCAGGGGGUGUGUAUUGAAGGGGAGUGUGUGUGUGACCGUGACUUUGGAGGAGACAACUGUUCAGAGCCACGGUGUCCUUCCGACUGCUCAGGCAGGGGCCUGUGUAUUGAUGGGGAGUGCGUGUGCGAGGAGUCCUUCACAGGUGAAGACUGCAUGGUUGGACGAUGUCUCAAUGACUGCUCAGAUCAAGGAGUGUGUGUCAAUGGGACAUGCCAGUGCCGGCCCGGCUAUGUGGGAGAAGACUGCUCAUUGGUCUACUGUGCCAAUAACUGUAGUAAGAAAGGAGUCUGCAAAGAGGGUUUCUGCGUUUGCCAGGAUGGCUUUGCUGGAGACGAUUGUAACUCAGUGGCACCUGCCAUGAAAUUAAAUGCACGUGGAGUUACAGAUCGUACUAUUGAGCUGGAGUGGGAAGGGUCCAUGAUGGUGACAGAUUUCUUGGUGACUUACACACCGAGCAUCCCUGGAGGUGUGCAACUAGAAAUAAGGCUCCCAGGAAACACAACAUCUUGGAUUAUUACAGGUCUAGAAGCAGGCAUUGAGUACAACAUCAAUGUGUUUGCUGUCAUCAACAACUCAAUCAGCAUUCCCUCUAGUAUUACUGUUUGGACGUAUCUUUCAAACCCAGAUGGAUUACUCUUCAGAUCCAUCACAGAGACAUCAGUUGAAGUCCAAUGGCAACCAUUUUACUACUCUUUUGAUGGAUGGGAGAUCAGCUUCAUCCCCAAGGACAAUGAUGGUGGCAUGACAGCUCAGCUGCCCAGCACCAUCACUUCAUUUGUUCAGACGGGUUUGAGGCCUGGGGAGGAGUACACAGUCAACCUGGUUGCUCUUAGAGAGCAGGGUCGAAGCCAGCCAGUCACUGCUACUUUCACAACUUUGAUUGAUGGCCCGACUCAGCUGAUAGUGCGUGAUGUGUCAGACACUGUAGCAUUUGUGGAAUGGACUCCACCAAAAGCAAAGAUUGAUCAGAUUGUGUUGCGUUAUGGCCUUGUGGGAGGAGAGGGACCACGGACCACCUUCCGGCUUCAGCCCACCCUCACCCAGUACUCAUUACAGGUCUUACGUCCUGGUUCACGGUAUGAGGUGUCAGUAAGCGGAGUAAGGAAAGGAAAUGAAAGCGGAUCUAUUUCCACUGAAUUUACAACCGAGAUUGAUGCCCCCAAGAACUUACGGCUUGUGUCCAAGACCUCCACUACCCUCGAGCUUGAAUGGGAUAACAGUGAGGCUGAGGUGGAAGCCUAUCAGGUGGUGUACAGCACCUUAGCAGGAGAUCAGUAUGAUAAGGUGAUUGUGCCGCGCAAUGAGGGUGCCACCACCAAGACUAACCUUACAGACCUGCUGCCGGGCACUGAGUACGGCAUUGGAAUCUCUGCCAUGAAAGGUAUCAACCAAAGUACGCCUGCGACGAUGAAUGCCAGGACAGGUCUGGAUGUACCCAUGGAUUUAACUGUGACAGCUUCCACAGACAACUCCAUCACUCUGGUGUGGGGUGUAGUCCAAGGUCCAAUUGACCACUACAGGGUCACCUACACAUCCUCCUCUGGCAUUACGACUAAGGUGACGGUACCUAAAGACAUAACAACCACGACCCUGACAGACCUGGAGCCUGGAACUGAAUAUACCAUUACAGUAGCAGCAAAUAGAGGGAGGCAGCAGAGCACCGCAGCAACCAUAGAUGCCUACACAGGGAUCAGGCCUGUAACCCAGCUUUACCUGUCAGAAGGGACAUCAGAUUCAGUGUUAGUGUCAUGGAGCUCCCCGGCACCACCCGCCAAUCUCUUCAUUUUGAGCUACAGCUCUGCCGACGGGACUGACACUUCUAAGGUGACACUGGAUGGCUCCAAGACGAGGUCACUGGUCCAGGGCCUGCUGCCAUCCACUCACUACACGUUUAGUUUAAUCACAAUACAAGGGGAUGAUACUUCUGAGCCAAUCACAGCAUCAUUCAUGACAGAAAUGGACCCACCAAAAGAACUGGCAGUAUCAGAUGUGACAGAGGAUGCAGUGACUAUCUCUUGGAUCAAACCACUGGCUUCCUUUGAAUAUUAUAAGCUCUUCUACCAGUCGGCUAGAGGUCGAGUGGACAGCGAGAUGAUCGACAGCGAUGUGACAAACUACACCUUGUCUAGUCUUUUUCCAGCCACAGAGUAUGAGAUUAACAUCAAUGCUGUCAGAGGGAGUCAAGAGAGCAGACUUGUCAGCACAUCUGUCUUCACAGCCAUGGAUAUGCCUGCAGAGUUGACAGCCCUCAAUAUUACUCCACAAGGAGCCCUGCUGAGGUGGAAUCCUCCCCUUUCCAGUGUGGACAACUACGUGCUGACCAUCACACAUAACCAGUUGACAGCAGACACUUUCCUGGUUGAAGGAAGCAAGCAUGAGCACCAGCUGUCCAACCUCAAACCAAGCACCACCUACUCUGUGGCCCUGUAUGCCACCAAAGGACCCCUCACAAGUGGCACUGUCAUCACCAAUCUUCAAACACCCAUGGAUGCACCUGUGAACCUGACAGCCAGUGAAGUGAACCACCGCAGCGCUCUUAUUUCCUGGCAGCCUCCAGUCGCAGAAAUUGAUAACUACAUGCUGACUUACAAAACUCCUGAUGGCAACCGUAAAGAGCUGAUUCUUGAUGCAGAGGACACAUGGAUUCGACUGGAGGGAUUGGCGGAGAGCACAGAGUACACAGUUAAGCUCCAAGCUGCUAGAGGCCUUGAUACCAGUGCAGUGGUCUCCACCACCUUUACUACAGGUCUUGACAACAUCCAGAAGAUUGCAUCUCAGGGCCGAUAUGAGCUGAGAAUUGACAUGAAAGAUGGGCAGGAAUCAGUUUAUGCCAAUUAUGACAAGUUUUCCAUUGGAGAUGCCAGAAACCUAUAUAAGCUCAGGAUUGGAGAGUACAAUGGGACUGCUGGUGACUCUCUCAGCUACCACCAGGGUCGUCCAUUCUCAACUAAGGACAGAGACAACGACAUCGCUGUCACUAACUGUGCCUUGUCCUACAAAGGAGCCUGGUGGUACAAGAACUGCCACCGGGCCAACCUCAAUGGAAAAUACGGAGAAUCCAGGCAUAGUCAGGGAAUCAACUGGUACCACUGGAAAGGCCAUGAGUUCUCCAUUCCUUUUGUGGAGAUGAAGAUGAGGCCCUUCAACUUCCGUAGCAUCAGCAGUAAGAGGAGACGAUCCGUCCCUGUAUAAGCAGGCUGACUCCACCCUGCGUAGAGUUAUGGAUAAAAAGGAGUUGGGGUGAUAUGGGGGGAGGGGGGUUACAUCUCUGCUGUAUGUGCACCUUUCUGACUGCAAAUGCAGGCUUGAAUGUGUGUUGGGCUCAUUAGUGAGGCUGGGAAGACUGAACACAUGAGAAAUUAAACAAAGCUACUAAUAUUUUACCUAGAAAAUUUAAUAAUUUAAUACUUUGCAACUUGUGUUAACUGGAUGUGGUCAGACAAUAGCGGAGAAGUUUUGACACCACAUCCGAACCCUGUCGACCUUUUCACCCCUCCAGUAUAAGCUGUCUUUUCUGCUGUAAUUCUGCCCCGAGACAAUGUUGUAAUUUGUUAAAUCUGUAUAAUGACAAUGGUUGUGACUUCUGUAAAAAAGGGAAGGGAAAACAAGACUUUUUUGGUUUCCCUUAACAAGCGAUUUUUCCUUCCUCAAAAUGCUAAGUUGUCCUCAGAAUUACUUAGGAAUAAAAGAUAAUGCUUCUUAGCAACAACAAACUGAUACUUAAAUCACCGAUGUAUUUCUUUGAAACUCGCACCUGUAAUAUACAGUAUAUAUAUACACAUAUAUAAAUAUAUUUUUAUAGCUAAUUGUAGCUUGGUCCAUCUAUUUAAUAUGAUUUGAUGCCUUGGUUUUCAACACUCGAUUAAGAUUAAAAAACAAUGAUAGGCACUGGACUCAUCAGAGUCAGGAGAAAAAGAGCAAAACUGAAGAUCCACAAUGACUAUUGAACAAGUAGUUCACCAGCAACAUCUCCAUUAACUUUAUUUAAUUUGCGAUGUUGACUACUUUAGAUAAAUUACAUAAAGUAGAGUAAUAUCAUCUGCUUUAUUUAUUUGGUAGCCCCACUGAGAGUUUUUCCGCACUGACAGUGGAAACACAGCCAAGCUGUUGUUCAUUCAAUUUCAUGAACAAAUUGAGUUGCUUAUUGGUAUUUAUCAUCACUUUGAUUUCCCUUUUAAGUAAAUGUGUUUAACCUUGCUGCUGAUGUUAGGUUUGCUCACAGAGAUGGUGCUGAAAGAUGCAACAAAGACCUGUGUAAUAAAGGUGCUCUGAUUGGGAAAAAAAGCUCAGUCAGUUCUGUCACCAACAUCUGUCUCAUUUGUCCCACAUUUUAAGCCUUUUGUAGUCAAUGUGAUUCGCCAGGGAAAAAUGAAAUUUACUAAACCCUAUUCAGAGCUAAGUCAGUGUGGACAAAGUGCAGAUUUAAGUCUGGCUUCCCUCCCGCAGCUGGCUGAAAUGAACUCAACAAAGAAAGCAGAACAGAAGGUGGAGGGAAGCCAAGCCUUUCUUCUACUCACUUCACUGUUAAAGCUAUUUUGUGAAACAAUGGAAUCCACUAACACUGCUGAGAGUGUGUUCCUCUAAGUGGGGUUGACGUAAUCUGCAGCUUGCCAACCAACCAUGUGUUCACAUUGUCACAAGAGGCGUUCAUGGCCAGUUAAACAACUGCAGGGUUUUUUUGUCUGAAUUUAAGACAAACCAAACAAAACUAGAAGACAGAACGAAAAUGACACCAGCACUUCAGGCAAGUUUUAGUCUUAUUUAUAGAUAAUUAAAUAUUUGAAUUAUUCAUUUUUUCUUUUAUUGUUUUCUUUAUUUCAAUUAAUCCUUUCAGUUAAUUCUCAAUUUAAAGUAGACCAGAUAAUCAUACUAUGUAUAUUAUUUUUUUCUAUAGAUUGAAAGUAGUUGCCCUUCCCUUUACUGAUACCACUCCUACUAAUAUACUUAUGUAGAUAUGAACUUUGUGUUUCACUUUCUCUCCAAAUUAGAGAAAGCCAAUGCAGAAAGCCCUCUUGGGAAUUUCUGUGGGCUGAAUUUUUGUAACCACUGCUGUGCAAAAGGACUGAUGGAGCAUACUGCAUGUUGACUGAAAUGCUACCAGGAGCCUGAACGGGAACAACAAAAGUCUUUAGAAUAUGGUCAGCAUGACUUGUGCACAUAUUCAUUUGUUGUUCUGGCUGAAAGCUGCCGCUGAUAUACUGUAGUUUUAAAAGUUGAUUUGAAUCACUUUUUUUCUAACUUUAAGCCAUUUGAUCAAGAUCAAAUCUUAUUGUCAAAGGAUUUCAGACUCUCUCAUGCAAUAUACAUCCAAUAGUUAUUUAUAGUCUAGUAGAUGAACAUGUUUCCUAAUUUUAUUAUCUGUACUGUUAUAUUACCUUUCUUUGAGGUUUUGCAUUGAUGAAAACUGUUCUGGUGGCUUUUCUGAAAGGAAAAUGAUUGUUUUUUGUGUUCUAGAAACAUCUGUCAUGCAAAAUGUUAGGUGCUUGUAAAUCAUUAAAACCAGUUUUGUCAUUUUCUUUUAUAAAUCGGGAUAGGUAAAUGCUUAUUUUUCUCAUAAAUGUACUUCUACUCAGCUAUGAAAUUCACACAACUUUCUUGUAACAGCCCAUGCAAUAAAUACAGUAUAAUAUAUAUGUGAUGCCGCUGAGUUUUGGAGACAGUCAUUAUUUAAGAGAAAAGCAUUUGUUAAUAAUAACUUUAAGGUGUCUCCUGUAUUGGAAUACUAUUGAAUGUGUGCUUCUGAUUUGCGCCCUAAGCAUUCUGAAGUUAAUUCUUUGUACAGGGUAUUCCAGCAGCUUUGUUUUAUGUGUCUAAAACCAAUUAAAAGUUUAUUUUAAGUUCCUAAUGUUGUUAAAGCUGAAAAAUCACUCUUAUUUUAUCUGAGGAUAAAAUAAGAGUUAACUACACGCUAUGAUAUUCUCUCUUCAAAACUUUAAUGGAAUUUGAGUUUUUUUUUUAGAGUGUUGACCAAUGUCUAUUGGGCAACCCUUUUGAUAAUUUCUUGACUUUUUAGCAUUUGGCUAUGGCUCAUUUUUUGUUGUCCUAUGAUGUUCUUUACACUCCUGUAAGAUUGCAUCAGUGUUACUGACACACUGAAGAGUUUAGAAAUUCAUCUGUUAAUCAUUAAAUCACUCUUUGCAAUAAUAAGGUUUUUAGUAUUUUGAAAUAUUGUUGGGUUUUUUUCCCCAUCACGAGAUAUUUCUUGCAAAAAAAACAUUUUUAGUUAAAUCUUUUUUUGUAAGUAGUGUGU